GCUUAUAAGUACCAUUCCCCUCUCCACCAUUCCCAUAAUUUCUUCUCUCUCAGUUCACACACACACUCUCUCUCUCUCUCUCACAGCAGACGAAGAGAAAAAGCAUCUCCAGUCCAACUAUGGGGAUCGACAUUAAGGACCACGACUUGCCCUGCGACACCCACAACACCUACGACGUUUACUUCUUCGAGGACACCAUCUUCACCACCGUCACCCACGACCCCGACAUUGUCUCCGAAUGGAUCUCCGAGAUCACGUCCGUCCACCGCCGCAGACUUCGCAGCCUCAUCGUCGGCCUCGACGUCGAGUGGCGUCCCUCCUUCACCAGACACCACCAGAACCCCGUUGCCACCCUCCAGCUCUGCGUCGGCCGCCGCUGCCUCAUCUACCAGCUCAUCUACUCCCGCUACAUCCCGGAAUCCCUCGUCGAUUUCCUCUCCGAGGAAGAUUUCACCUUCGUUGGGGUGGGCAUCAAGUCCGACUUGGAGAAACUCGACAAGGACUACGGGAUAGGAGGCGAUGCGCACGCCGUGGAGCUGGGAAAGAGAGCGGCAGAUGAAUAUGACAGGAAGGAGUUGAAGAACACUGGGCUGAAGGGUUUGUCGAGUUUUGUGCUGAGGCGAGAGUUGGAGAAACCGAAGCGGGUGACGAUGGGUAGGUGGGACAACCGGUGGCUGACUGAGGAUCAAGUGCUGUAUGCUUGUGUUGAUGCUUUCGUGUCUUUUGAGAUUGGCAGGAUUCUGAACGCUUCUGAUUAUUGAUGAAAAUGGGGAGGGUAGUGUGAGUGUCAGCUGCGUAGGAGUGAUGGUAAUGGUGUUUUGUGAUGAUGUAAAGAAGAUGUUGGGUCUGUUUUUGGCUAGUUUGUCAGCUAAAGUGUUUUUGUAGUAAAUGUUGACAGUAUGGAUGAUUUUGGGGAAUGGAAUCAGGUUUGAUGAUGUUCAAUUUUA